GCGUUCGUUUAUUCGUUCAUUCGCUACUCGCUCGGUAAAAAAGAUUAAGAUCUCUGUUCUUCGCGAGAUGAGACAGAAAAAGAAGGAGUUAAAGUGGGGAAGAGAAGACGAAAAGAGAGAUCGAGUUAGAGAAGAAGUAUAUACGAGCAUCACUUCAUCGUGAUCACUCGCGUCGCGAGGUCGGCUGAGUGUGCACGUAUUCGUAUUUCUCGUUAUUAUUUCAUUCUUAUUACGGCUUCUUUGGCCGACAGCUCGUGGGUGUGUACAUCGGUGUCUCUCUCUUUCUCCACGAAUUUCAUCAACUAGACGAACAGAAAGAAAUAGAAAAGAGAAGGAUAGAAUAAAAGAGAAGGAAAACUCAAAGAGUUCUUCAAAAGUUUUCUGCGAUCAUGGCCGGAUAUGCUUGGGUAACAUUGGCCACAAACGAUGCCUAUUCUUUGGGAGCAUUGGUAUUGGCGCAUUCUUUGCGCCGAGUUGACACCAAACACGAGCUUGCAGUUUUGGUCACUACAGGAGUAACGAGUAUGAUGAGAGAAAAAUUGGCAGCGGUAUUCAAUUUGGUACAGGAAGUAAACGUUCUCGAUUCGAAAGACGAAGCUAAUCUGGCACUUUUGGCAAGGCCAGAGUUGGGUAUCACAUUUACGAAAUUACAUUGUUGGAGGCUAACUCAAUACGAAAAAUGCGUGUUUGUAGACGCUGAUACGCUUGUGGUAAGAAACUGUGACGAGUUAUUCGAACGUGAAGAAUUAUCAGCCGCACAUGACGUUGGUUGGCCAGAUUGUUUCAAUUCCGGUGUAUUUGUGUACAGACCAUCUCAACAAACGUUCGCUUCUAUUACUGCCUUUGCAGCAGCUAAAGGUUCUUUUGAUGGGGGUGAUCAAGGGUUAUUAAAUAUGUACUUUAAUGAUUGGGCACGAAAAGAUAUAUCGAAACAUUUACCAUUCAUCUACAAUAUGUGCUCUACGGCAUCCUAUUCUUAUCUUCCCGCUUUUAAACAAUUUGGUGAAGAUGUUAGAAUAAUACACUUCAUUGGAAUCACAAAACCAUGGUUACAGUAUUUUGAUACUCUGACCGGUAUCGUACAACCACCAUCAGGCAUGAAUCAUUUGCAACCAUUGCUGCAAUUAUGGUGGAAUAUCUUUUGCGAAAAAGUGCAUCCGCAGUUAUCACCUGUUAUGGCUGGUCUUGCUGGUGCAUUAGCUCAAAUGACAUUGGGAGAACCAAGGAGUGCAGAACAAAUUGCUUUAGAAGAACACAUGAGGAAACAAAGUUGGGAACAAGGUCAAAUUGAUUAUAUGGGUCGCGACAGUUUCGAUAAUAUAUGGAAAAAAAUUUGCGAAACGCUUUCAUCAACUUCAAGGCAACCUUCUCCGCCUAAAACAACCGCUCAGGAUGAGGUAAAAACUGAUAAAACAGAAGAAACAACUAAAAAAGAAAGUACCGAUUCUGUGCCUAAGUCUGAAGGCAGCGAUGAUAUUAAAAGUCCGACAAAAGCUGAAACAACUAGUGAUCUGAGCGUAAAACAAUCUUUGAUUUGUAAUAUUCCUAAGGAUGAUAUUUCACAAAAAGAAACGUCUGAAAUGCUUAUAAAAGAUGAAUCUGCUGAUAUUAAUAAACAAAGUUCCUCCGUAUGUGAAGAAGUCGAUUUAAAAGAAUCAAAAGAAAUUUCUGAAGCAGAUGCAGGAUUACUUGUGACACAAACUACCAAAGAAACAGAUUUACCUUCCUUAUCUUCUGAUCAAACGACGAUUUUAAAAGAAAAUUUAUUAAUAGAUCCGAUACAAGACGUUACUGUUAAAGAAGAAUUAAAUAAAAAAACAGUGGAAGAAGAAAAUGUUGAUAUUCAAACAAAUGUAGACAAAGUAGAAGAAUCGAGUAUUGAACAAGAUACAAAAUGUUCUUCUGUGUGUGCUUCUGAAAUUAUGCUUACUAAUCCUGUACCAAUACAAGUAGUGGAAUCAGUUUUACAAGCUGAACCGAAAGAAUCUGUUUCGCAAGAUCUAAAAUUAAUAACAGAAGAAGUAAUUUCCUCUACGGUUGCACCUCUUCAAGAAUCUGUAGUAGCUUUUUCUGAAACACCAGUUGAAUUAACUGAUAGAACGCAAUUAUGCGAUUCAACUUUAUUAGUAUCAUCGAACGAAGCUGCUAAUAUAAUAAAUCCAAAUACAACAUCAACUAUAAGUCAAAAUGGAGGUACUGUUGUUAAUGGAUCGACGAUGAAAUUAGAUGAAAGUGAUUCGUUAUUAACACCAUCUGUACUCAAGCAAGUAGUAGAGGAAAUUCAAAGUUCGCGAGUAGAAGAAAGCCAACCACAAAAGACUGAAAUGUUAAGUGAACAGUUGAGUCCAACGGAGAGUUCACAAAUUAAACAAGAAGAAGGAACUGAAAAUGUUGAAAUAAAGAAAGAAACAGAAGGUCAAAGUACUUCAACAGAAUCAAAGAUAAAACAAUCGGAAGAUGUGCAAACAAUUGUCGAAGGAGCUGCAGCAGUAGUGGAAAAAACUUUAGAGCCUUCUUCUUUGGAAUCAACGUCAAUAGAAUGUCCAAUUAGGCCUACUAGAACAAAAGAAAUAUCUAUACCUUCUACACCAACUGUAACAGAACCUACUCCUCCAACUAGUCCUGUAGAUGUCGGUACACAAGAUGUAGAAAGCCAAGGAAAGACUGCUAAAAAAACUACAAAAAAGAUUGCUAAAAAAGCAAGCGUAGAAAGUGAUUCAGCAGAACGAGCUGAUACUGAUACUACUGAAAAAAAGACUGCAAAGAAAGUCGUUAAAAAGGUUGUGAAAAAACCAAAAGAAAGUCAGGAAGAAGGCGGAGAAUGCUCUAGUUCUACUGAUAAACCUAAAAAGACUGGAAAAAGCACAAAGAAAAUAAUAAAACCUUCGUUAAGUUUAGAAACUGAUACAUCUAUUCCUGAAACUCCACCGCCUGGUAAUUCUGAUGUACCAGUUCCCCCAAAAAGGAAAGUUAAAACUUCUGCAUCCAAUAAACCUGCAUCUACUGCUCCAAAAUCUGAUACAGGAUAUAAUAAUUGUUUAAGUGAAAAAAGAAAAAUGUCUGAAUCAGAGGGAAGUAACUUUUCCGAUAAUGAAAGUGAACAUGGUGGAAGAGGUAGUGAAAGCGACCAGGAAGAAAAUCGUAGCGUUUCUCGUAGCAGAAGUCCUUCCAGAUCAGCCUCUAGGAGUCCUUCAAGAUCUCGAUCACGUUCUAGAUCAGGAUCUGGGUCAGAAGAUGGAGAUGAUAAAGCUGACGAAGCUGAAGAGGCUAGGUCUGAUGAAGAGGAAGUCGUGGAACCAGAAGAUGAACCAGAAGGUGAAGAUCUUGAUGGUAGUAGCGAAUAUGAUGAAGAAGAAGAAGAAGAAGAUGAAGAUAGGCCUAGAAAGAAAAAGAAAAAAGACAGAUUUGGUGGAUUUAUCAUUGAUGAAGCUGAAGUAGAUGAUGAAGUAGAAGAUGACGAAGAAUGGGAAGAAGGAGCUCAAGAAAUUGGUAUCGUAGGCAAUGAAGUGGAUGAAUUAGGACCUACUGCGAGAGAAAUUGAAGGAAGACGUAGAGGCACUAAUCUUUGGGACUCUCAGAAAGAAGAUGAAAUAGAAGAAUACUUGAGAAAAAAGUAUGCAGAUGAAUCUGCAGCUGCUCGUCACUUUGGUGAUGGUGGUGAAGAAAUGAGCGAUGAAAUAACUCAACAAACUUUACUUCCUGGAGUUAAAGAUCCUAAUCUUUGGAUGGUCAAAUGUCGUAUUGGAGAAGAAAAAUCAACGGCGCUUUUAUUGAUGCGAAAGUUUAUUACAUAUCAAUUUUCUGGGGAACCACUUCAAAUUAAAUCAGUUGUUGUACCGGAAGGUGUAAAAGGUUACAUUUAUAUAGAAGCAUAUAAACAACCUCACAUAAAAGCUGCUAUAGAAAAUGUUGGUAAUUUAAGAAUGGGCAUAUGGAAACAACAGAUGGUACCGAUUAAAGAAAUGACUGAUGUAUUAAGAGUCGUUAAAGAACAAACAGGAUUAAAGGCUAAACAAUGGGUCCGAUUAAAAAGAGGCAUUUAUAAGGAUGACAUAGCACAAGUAGAUUACGUUGAUUUGGCACAAAAUCAAGUGCAUUUAAAAUUAUUACCAAGAAUAGAUUAUACUCGGCCUCGUGGUGCAUUGAGAACAGCUCAAAGUGAAUCAGAAGCUUUAAAAAGAAGGAAAAAGAGAAGACCACCUGCGAAACCAUUUAAUCCUGAAGCAAUUCGUGCUAUUGGAGGGGAGGUUACUAGCGAUGGAGAUUUCUUAAUUUUUGAAGGCAACAGAUAUAGUCGAAAAGGAUUUUUGUAUAAAAAUUUCACGACAAGUGCUAUUGUAGCAGAAGGAGUUAAACCGUCCCUUUCAGAACUAGAAAGAUUUGAAGAAGCACCAGAAGGUGUUGAAAUAGAUUUAAGUGGAGCUCCAGCAACAGGAACACCUGCUGGAAAAGAAGAUCAAGCGGUAACACAUUCCUUCAGCAAUGGUGAUAACGUAGAAGUAUGCGAGGGUGAAUUGAUAAAUUUGCAAGGAAAAAUAGUCUCAAUAGAUGGAAACCUAAUAAUGGUUAUGCCAAAACAUGAAGAACUGAAAGAUGCUUUAGAAUUCCGAUCAUGCGAGUUGAGGAAAUAUUUUGUUAUGGGUGAUCAUGUUAAAGUAGUUGCUGGAAGAUACGAAGGAGACACUGGUUUGAUUGUUAGAGUGGAACCAAACAGAGUUGUUUUGUUCUCUGAUUUAUCAAUGCACGAAUUGGAAGUGCUUCCCAGAGAUUUACAAUUAUGUUCAGAUAUGGCAACUGGUGUUGAUAGUUUAGGCCAGUUUCAGUGGGGUGAUUUAGUUCAACUUGAUGCUCAAACAGUUGGCGUUAUAGUUCGUCUUGAACGUGAGAAUUUCCAUGUUCUUUCUAUGCACGGUAAAGUAAUCGAAGCUAGACCACAAGGAUUAACGAAACGUCGAGAAAAUAGGAACGCAGUUGCGUUAGAUUCACAACAAAAUCCAAUACAAAAAAAAGAUAUUGUUAAAGUAGUCGAUGGACCACACGCAGGAAGAGGUGGUGAAAUAAAACAUCUUUAUAGAAGUUUUGCAUUCUUACAUUCAAGAAUGUUUGUUGAUAAUGGAGGCAUAUUCGUAUGUAAAACAAGACAUUUACAACUUUCUGGUGGAAAUAAAUCAGGUGUUACAUCUAUGUCACCAAUCUCAGGAUUUAUGUCACCAAGAAUUGCAUCUCCGAUGCAUCCCAGUGGGGGUGGAAUGGGCCGAGGUGGUGGUGGUGGUAGAGGCAGAGGUCGUGGUGGAGGUACAAGAAGAGACAGGGAAUUAAUAGGAACUACAAUCAAAAUAACUGGUGGACCUUACAAAGGAAACGUAGGCAUAGUUAAAGAUGCUACAGAAAAUACUGCACGUGUAGAAUUACAUUCUACGUGUCAAACAAUAUCUGUGGAUAGAUCUCACAUAGCGAACGUUGGAGUACCAACAAAAGAUGGUGGUUUCAGCAGUUACAGUCGUACACCAGCAUAUACAGCUGGUGGACAAACACCAAUGUAUGCAAGAGAUGGUUCCAAAACUCCUAUGCAUGGAUCUCAAACACCUAUGUACGAAAAUGGUUCACGUACACCUCAUUAUGGUUCUAUGACUCCAUCCCAUGAUGGUUCACGAACACCUGGUCAAUCUGGUGCUUGGGAUCCUACAAUCACCAAUACCCCAGCUAGAACAAAUGACUUCGAUGGUUAUGGCAUGGAAGAAGCUGGUUCACCAGGAUAUGUAUCUGGUUAUCCUUCUACUAGUAAUCCUUUCACUCCUCAAACACCAGGUACUAUGUAUGGAUCUGAGCAAAGUUACAGUACAUAUCAAGCGAGUCCUAGUCCUGCUGGUAGUGCGACUGCAAGUCCAAGUCCUGCAGGUUAUGUUGCUACACCAUCACCAAGUGGAACUGGAUAUACUACAAGUCCUCAUGGAGCAUUCGCUACUCCCUCACCAAUGGGUUACAGUCCUAUGACACCAGGAGUAGCAGGAAGUCCUUAUAAUCCACAAACACCAGGUUCAGGUUUAGAUGCUGGAUCUGGUUCUGGAAUGAUUAAUAAUACUGAAUGGCACACAACAGAUAUAGAAGUACGAAUACGAGAUUCCCAUCCGGAUCCUGCAUUAGUUGGACAGCAGGGUAUAAUAAGAGGAAUUUCUGCCGGUAUGUGUGCUGUGUUUCUACCAGUAGAAGACAGAGUCGUAAAUUUGGUUUGCGAUCAAUUGGAACCUGUAGUACCUUCAAGAGGAGACCGAGUGAAAGUAAUCGUUGGAGAAGAACGAGAAGCUGUUGGAACUUUACUUUCGAUAGACAAUCAGGAAGGUGUUGUUAAAUUGAACACCGACGAAGUUAAAAUGUUACAUUUACGAUUUUUAUGUAAAAUGAAGUCGUCCUAAUCUUUCCAUUUUUACAUCUACAAAAUUUGAAAGUAAUAUACGCAUUUUGAAAUAUUAAUAUUAAUAU